GAAAAAGACUUCGAACGUCGAAUUGUAGUGUUAGCGGAAAAAUAAACUCAAUGCACUUUUUAAUCCAACUUUAAAAAAUAGUGAAUUAAAAUAAGUUGUGAAAAAUAAAUACUUGCAAAAGUUACUUACAGUGUCAAAUAAUUAAUUAAGUUAUAUUUCAAAUCAGUGUGUAAAGCGUAAAGUUGAUAAUUCAGUGAAAAAAUAAUACGGCUUGCAAUCGAAGUAUGAAAGAAGGUGUGAAAAUCAAUAACAAAGCAAAAUCGGGAAAAAGUGCAUUUCUACUGGAGCGAAUUGGUUAGUUGUUACAAUUGGAUAGUGUUUGUUUCAAAGCAAUACGUUCAGUGUUAAUUCAUAACUAAUUGGAAUAUAUUGAAUCCUAAUAGGAAUGUACAAAGUGUGUAGUUAAUUUAAGUCUUCGAUGUGCGGAUAAGUCAAGAUUAGCUAACGCGUCUUUCAAUCCGGUACGGGCGUUGGUAUGAGUAUUCUUUUAAUGAGAACAAGCAGUCCAUGAGUUUGGUUAUUUCAUUGUGUUUCAACAAUACUUUUGUUGUUUUUCACAAUGUUCAUUGCGUCCCGGCUUCCGUGAUGUGAAUUCAUUAUUUUUCAUUUCCCCUAUGUAUUUGAAUGUAUAUAAAAGUUUAAUGACGGUGCUUUGUUGCGUUGCAUUGAAUUGUUUUCCAGCUAAAGAAACGUAGAUAUUACCUUUACUUUAAAAUUUUUAUUAGAAGUUAAAAAAAGCGAAAAGCACAAUUUAUGUAAUAAACAAAAAGCCAACAAAAUCAAAGUGAUUUGACCAAAGCGUCACAGUCUUAAAAGCAAAACUGUAAAUAAGGUCAAAGCAGAACCACCAACUUGUUUUGCUUAGUGGACGAACAAAUGAAGUGGUGAUUCAUUGUCGUCUAGUCGCACUAAACUACAACGAACGUUUAUAUUAUUCAUACGCUACGAAACUGGGUAAAAAACAGGCAGCGUGUCAACCAGUAACAAAAACGGCUAGUGGUCCGGUGUACUUUAUACAAUAUUACGACAUAAAACAACAAACUUUUGCAAGAUUCUGGUAUUGCGGCCACUUCUUUUGAUUUUUGUGUGUAAACUCACUGCUGUAAAGACUUCAGUUACCACAUUCAUACAAUAUGGACGUUGCAUCGCGAGGAGUUUCCGCCAUUGUUGAGUAUGAUUACGAGGCCAAGGAACCCGAUGAGCUGGACUUAGUCAAAGGCGCGCUCAUACACAACAUUAAACAGAUGCCAGGCGGCUGGUGGGAAGGCACACUGCAAUCCAACGGCAAAAUCGGCAUGUUUCCGGAUAAUUUCGUGCGGAUUAUUGAUAACAGCGACGAAAAUAAAAUCACAAUGAGAGAGAAGUCCGCAACAGCCAAUCGCCGCUGUAAAGUCAUCUUCAGCUACACACAAGUCAAUGACGACGAACUGUCGCUGGCCGUGGGUGAUGUCAUUGAAUUCCUUGGGGAGGUCGAGGAAGGCUGGUGGCGUGGACGUUUAAAAAGCAAAGUCGGCGUAUUUCCAUCAAAUUUCGUUACCGUUAUUGAGCCAUCACCUAUUUUUGCCAGUAAGCGACCAGCAGUCGGUCCUGGUGCUGCCACAUCAAUAGCUGCAAAAUCAGCGGUGACCACAACAACAGCAUCUGUCGAGAAGUCGACAGUCGGCGCCAGUAGUUCCAUAACGUCAAGCACAAGCACUGCAACCGCCACCAGUUCAACAACGAAGAAAAUGAAUCGCAUUAGUUUUCACAGUUCCAAAGAGGAUCUAUUGAAUAGCAGUAGUGUUAGUAGUAAUUCCGGCGCGACAAGCACAAGUAAUGUCGCUGUGGAUGAGAUUGCGCCAUCGUUGCCACCGAAACCGCAACGGGAAUACUGUCGCGUUGAGUUCCCGUAUACGCCACAAAAUGACGAUGAGCUGGAGUUGAAAGUUGGCGAAAUCAUCACCAUCAUCAGCAUGGAAUUGCCGGAUAAAGGCUGGUGGAAGGGUGAACUGCAUGGCAAAGUUGGUGUAUUUCCUGAUAAUUUCGUUAAACUGCUAGAAGCCGAUGCAGUGCCGGAAAGAUCAUCCAUUGAAAUUUUAGGCUCGCGCAUGGCCAACUUUAUCAAUACGUUCAUUUUUACAUCGCUGAGCGACUCACAACAUCCACAGCGUACUGCCAAAGCAACAAAUGCUACAGCCACCGCCAACGCUAACACAGCACAACAGUUAAAAUCAGCCACCGGUGCGGCAGCCACAUCGGCGGCAGCACACAGCACAGCUGCCACAUCGAAGGUGUUCAUCAAGAAGUCGGGCAGUAAUUCGUCGACGCAAAGUUCAAAUCGUAAGGACAGUUUCGGCUCAUAUGAUUCACUCAACGAUAUACUCUCUGAAACAGGCUUGCAGAGCGGCAAUGUUGCCGCACAACGCAAAUCGUUGGAGAAUAAAAAUCUAGAUUUGACGGCGAAUGCGGCGGACGCCAGCAGCCGCUUGGCAUUGAAAAAGCAACAAUUACAGCAGCAGCAGCAGCAGCAACAGCAACACUCACAGGAGACAAAGACCAUAUUGACAAAUAACGGUAGCAUUACAACAACGACCACAACAACAAGCAGCAUGUCGUCGAGCUCCGCCGCAGUCACAAAUGAAUUGCGCAAGAGCUUGGAGAGCCUGGAUGAGAAGACGAAGACACCACCGCCAGUGCUGACGAAGAAGCCCACCGUGACCACGAAGAAGCCAUCGAGCGUUUCGGGUGUUGCUAGCAAUCUUUUCGGUUUUGGCAAGCAAAAGACGAAAGGCACCGACAGCAAACUCACCACAGCUGCUUCACAAGACUUUGCCGACGGCAUGGGCAGCAGCAAGAUGUCGGCGAGUAGCCAUGGCGAGGCGGUAGUGAUGCGCCGCGCCGCCACUAUAGCGGUUGAAGACUCCGAUUUCGAUCGGCUAGAACGCGCCUCCAUAUUACCCGACAUGCGCGCGGGUCGUGUAAAGGCGCCCAAGCGGAGACCACCUUCGGCAGCCAUCAAUAUUAUCGGCGAAAGCAAUAAUAACAACACAAUUUACCUCAAUGGUAGUAGCAGCGGUGGUGGUGCAUCCGGUGGCGAACUCUCACAAGAAGAAGGCAAACUACACUCCUCCGAUGAUAAUUCCACCGGCGAGGAGCCCUUGGCCAAACCGAAACCACGCGAAUGGGAAAAGAAAAAGGCACCUUGGAUGGAGGAGCUGAAAGCAACGCAAGUGAAAAAGAAGACAUCACCCAGUGUAGAACCACGCACGCAAGCGCCCACUAGCGCGUCAGCCGACCGCACAUCACGCCUACUUGGCGAUGAUGUCAAAGUGACGAAUAGCAGUCACAACUUUGCCAGCUCCACCGCCAACACGGCCAGCGCAAGUCACAGUAGCAGCAGUCACAGUAGUAGCAGCAACACAGCCAGUAGCUCCAGCACCACCACCACAAAAGUACAGUCAUCCUCCUCGGUUACGUCGAGCGUCAUGCAGCAAUCGAUGACUGUCGAGAGUAGUCAACAACUAUUGAAGAAGGAAUUAAAUUCAAAUACUAUUGCUGACAUCAUGACCAAGAGUAUGAGCAAUAAAUUCACCACUGACUCAUCACUAACGGCUGCGACGACAGCAGCACCGAGCGCCGUCGAAGAUGUGCGCAUACGACCUAACAGCCUUUCGAUACGCAAUCGCAGUAUGUCACCUUCGCUGUUAGACAGUGGCAGUAGUGGUGGUGGUGCGCGCACAACGGCAAUGAAGAGCAACACUACUCCAGCACCGACAGUUGUCAGUGAGCCCAGCUCCAAUGGCAUCGCUCCUUCAGCCGCUACAAGCGCAACUCUAGCGGCGGCAACCACGGCAGCGACAGCGGCGUCCAGCCAAAAUUCAAUCGGUGCUAAUAAUCAUUAUCAGCCGCGUACCAGCAACACUGCGGCGCCUGUAGGCGGUGAUAAUACGCGUAUAGGCGAACUGGAGCGGCGUGUGGGCAAAUUAGAGCUGACGGUGGUGUCACAACAGCGUACCAUCGAUGAGCUGAUGCGCUUGCUGCGCGAGGAGACGGAUCGUGUGAAGGUUCUACGCGGCGAACUGGACAAAUAUGCGCAACAACAACAGGCAACACGUCGGGGCAAAUUCGAUAAUUGGAUGUUUUAAAACGCGUUGCGCUUUUCGUUGGAAUAUUUGCUUAAGUAAUUGUGCUGAAAGGGUGUGACCUACAAUAAUACUGAAUGUAAAUGUUUGAAAUAAAACACUUUCAGUUUAAAUGUUAAAUUCUUAUUUUUAUUUAUUCUAACUAUAUAGGAACAAUGUAAGACAUUAUUAUGAAUAAUAUUAAUACCAAAGUUCAAAGUAAUAAAAGUACGAUUUAUUUGUAAUCUAUUUGAAUUAAUUAAAUAGUUCUGACAAUCUGUUAACUUAAAAAACAAAAACAAAAUAUUACAGUAGCUAUUUAAAGUGGAGUUAAAAACUAUUACAGCAAUUAUGAAAUAUAUAUUUUUUAUUAAAAUCUGUUUUUAGAAAUAAAAACAUAAAAUAAUUACACGUUUAAAGAGGGUUUAAUCUUAAAAAAUAUAAUAUACAUUACUGAAAGUUAUACAUACAGGAAUAUUUAUUAAAAAUACAAACAAUAAAAGCUGAUUAAUUAAAUUUUCGCCCAAAAUAUUGUAAACAUGAUUUAUGAUGAGUUCGCAAAUAAACUAUUCAAAUAUUGAUACAUUAAUAUGGAUGGGAAAUUGCUUGCCAAAUUUUCAAUAUGUAGAUAGAUUCAGAAAAUUAUAAGGCUCCUAUAUAAGUUUGCUUUUUAAGUUGAGUUUUGAUCAUUUACUAUAACCCGUUCUCCAGCAAGAGGUCAUAACAAGGACACUCAAAAUGUUUUCCCAUCACAAACCCGGUUAUAUUUCACAAGUUCUCAGGAUUCGUUCAUAAUUAGUCAGCAGGAAAAUAAAUAUUGGGCAGAAACUUAGAUGCUGAAAUCUUAAAGUCUUAUUAUCUUAUUUAAAGACUAAACCAAGUGACCAAUCUAACUCUAAAUCUCUCAAUCUAACUCGCGAAUGAAUUUCAUCAAUAAUAUCAUUCCUAUUUCAGUUUAGUUAGCAAAUAUAAGGAAUGCACACUACAAGGCAUAAAAUUCUUAUAAGUAAUAUACUACUACGAGUAUAAGCAAAAAAUUGUAAGAAUUUGUUCAUAAUUUUCAAAUUAGGUUAUUCGUACAAAUCUAUGUUGUCCACCUCAAAGUAAUCCCAAUUGACCCCAACACACUUGUGCAAACGUUUUUUCAAAACCUAAAAACAGUUGUUAAAGUCAAUUUGCGGAAUAGCCUUCCCUGCGCGUAGCGAUUCACUUUUAAUGUCUUCAAUUGACUAAAAACGGUUUCCCAGGAGAGGUCGUUUGAAUUUGAUGAAUAGAAUCAGGCGAAUACGUUGGUUGCGGCGGCACGAUAUUGGUUGAAAAUUUGUUGAAAAACUCAGGAAGUAUUAAUGCAGUAUGCGAAUGUACAUUAUAGUGGUGCAAUAACCAAGAGUUGUCGGUCCAUAAAUCCGGCCGCAUUUAAGAAUAGCUUCACGCAAAGAACGCACAACACUCAAAUAGUAUUUCUUGCUGACUGUUGGCCGGUCGGAAUGAACUCGGAGUGCAUAACACCUCGAUAACUGAAGAAAACUGUCAACGUAACCUUAACUUUUGACUGUUUUGACGUGAUUUUUUCGGCUUCAGCUCACCUUUGCCACGAUCUUCGGCCGAUUGAUCGUCUGUUUCCGUGACGUAAGCAUAUAUCCAAUAGUUAUCGCCAGUAACAAUACUUUUUAUUACAUCCUGGUAGUUGGAAAGCAUUGUUUCAAAGACGUUAACGCGACGCUGUAUUUCGAAAAAAUUGUGUUAUUUUGGAACCAAUAGUGCUUUCACAUUUCUUAGGCCUAAAUGGUUUUCACUAAUCCUUCCGAUAUUCUAACGAUGCCAGUUAUAUCUCUGACUGUUAAUAGUGUUAAUUCAAGCAAAAUCAAUUCCUUUAUUUUAUUGAAGUGUUGGUCAUUACUUGAUGUUGAUGGCCGUACUGGACGUGGUUCAUCGCGGUCUCAUCCCUCUUUGAAUAUUUUGUACCAAUCUAAAACACUUGAUCGCGACAAACCAUUAUCAAAGAAGGCAUUUUUCAAUGUUCUGAAUGUUUCGGAAUCAGAAAUUUUAUUCCCCACAAAUUUUAAUGGAACUUCUUUGUUGAAUAAUUCCACUCAUCGUAAAAAUUGCCGAAUGCACUUUAUGUAAUUCAGUUUCGGAAAAUUUUUUGCCCAAAAAUAGCUUAAGCUUUGUUAAGAGUCGUGCCUAUAAACUGAAAAUUGGGGAAAAUUUGUUGUGAACGAGCCUUCAUUUUUUUUUGUUAGGUUGGCAGGACAUCUGUUAAACAAUUCAAUAACCUUACAGUCAUUGAACAAGCAACAUCAUAUUUUUUCGUGUGGAAAAUGUCAAAUUUUGUACCAAAAAGAAAAUUGUGACAAAAAAGCACCCGGAAAUUGCUAUUAAAUUCUCCAGGUAAAUGAUAUUUCAAAAAAAAACAGAAAUGUAUUUUACCAAUGUGGUAAGACUGUCCUUAAUUGUUAUGCCAAAUAUGAGCGCGAUCUGUCAAGCAGUCGUUCUGGACGACCUUCGACAUUUUCAACUAAUGAAUAUA